GAUAGGCGCAGUGUAUUUCAAAGAAAAUGUUAAAUUUUGGAACCUUAUCAAAAAUAUAAAUGUUUUUAUUAAUGUGAUAAUAUAUUUAUAAAUAUGCUCUCUGCCUUUCUCUCUAGGAUAAUAAUAUUACUUUUCGGUACCCUUUACCCCGCUUAUGCUUCAUACAAGGCUGUUAAAACCAAAAACUUGAAAGAAUACGUUAAAUGGAUGAUGUAUUGGAUAGUAUUUGCUCUUUUUACAUGUGUAGAAACAUUUGCCGAUGUUAUAUUAUCAUUUUGGAUGCCUCUGUAUUAUGAAAUAAAAAUUUUAUUUUUAUUCUGGUUACUCUCUCCUUGGACGAAGGGCUCCAGUUGCUUAUAUCGGAAAUUUGUACAUCCUGAACUUUCUAGAAGAGAAAAGGAAAUAGACGAUCUUGUGGCCAAAGCAAGAGCUCAAGGCUAUUCUACUCUUGUCAAUUAUGGGGCGAAAGGUUUAACUUUAGCUUCAAAAUUUGUGGCUGAAAUUGCUCUUAAAGGGCAAUAUACCUUAAUGAAUCAAUUGAAAAAAAGUCAAAGUCUAAAUGACAUAUCGCCACAUUACCCACUACAAUAUUAUAACCAAGAUAAUGGGCAUGGUUCUGUUAAAAAUAAUUUGUAUUUUUUAAAUGAAUCCAUGAUGGAUGAUGAUAUGGCUGAUGAAAACGAGUACAUCGACGAUAGAUUUAACGGGGUCAUUACUUUAAAUGACCGAUCAGCGCGAUUUUCCAAGCCAGAUAACACGAUUUUAGAAGAGGAAGGAGGAAACAUUGACAAUAGAAAAAGUUUUGAUGAAUAUGAAGAGGAAGUGGAUUCCAUUUUAGCUUCUAGAAAAAAAAUCAACAAAACUCACAUGACAAGGAGAAUGAAACCCUUGAUUACUCAUAAUACCCGUAAUAAACAAAUUCCAGAUGAUCAGAUCUCUUAUGCAACUAUUCCUAGAGCUGUCAAAAGAGGUAAAACGCGCAAACCGCUUCUUGAUGACCACAAGAAAUUUCACGAAGAAGACAAAAUUAAUUGUUGAAGAACAUGUUCCUGAGUUUUUGUGUAUUUUUCCAAAUUAUGUAAAAAGUAAUAUUUCAUACAAAAUUAUACUUCAAAAUACAAAAAUCAUUUUUAUAUAUUGAAUCAUGAGCCUUUUUUAUUUCAUCUAAGUGCUUUGUAUAAUUCAAAUGUUCAAUGUCUUUGCAAUUUGAUAUAAAUUAUUUGUAAAUUUGUCUUUAUGUUAGAAAUAUAAAAUAUUUUUAAAAAUUAAUUAAUGAGACAGUGUUGUGAUGAUUUAAUGAAACAUA